AUGGAUUCUGCUGUUCUACCAAGUGGCGGGCGCUCUGUCGUCAACAAUAUGGAACUCCAUUACCAAACUAGGCUUUGUGAAAUUUGUAGCACUGCUGUCCGACCGAAGGAGGCGGGGGAUUCAUUAGAGUAUAUGGCGAGUAACUGGCACACCCGCGAAACGUUUCUCAAUGCGGUCGAAGAAAAGUGCAUUAUCUGCUCAGUUGUCUGGGAAACAGCUCAAUGUUACGAACCGCACGAGUGGCACCCGGCACAAUUCGAUAUCAUUCGCAACAAGGACAUGGCAGAAAUUGCAGUGACAGUUGUCGCACCGGGCGAAAUAGGCUUUAGUCUUAUGCCAAGUUUUAUUCUUUUUCCAGUUGAUAGCGUAAAAUAUCAAGAACAGCUAGUUUUUCCAGCAAUUCAAGCUGAUGCUUCUUACGAUGUGAAACUAAGCACUGCAAAGGAUUGGCUCCAUCAGUGUCUUUCGUCUCACCCACACUGUAAACAGUUUUCGUCGCCAUCCCGCAAUUGGCAUCCUACACGAUUGAUUGACAUUGGUGAAAAAGACUCGAUUAAUUGGAGGCUACACGUCGUAUCUGAAGAUGGGACCCCAUCUCCGUCGCACGACUACCUGACUCUUAGCUAUUGCUGGGGACCGGGCGUCAAGCACAGUGGCGGCAGAGCUACUCUGCUGUCAUCUAAUAUCGCUGAACUUCGCCUUGGAAGUCCUAUCAGUGACCUUCCUGCCCUUCUCCGCGACUUUAUAUCUAUCGCCAGACACCUUUCGAUUCGAUAUGUCUGGAUCGACUGUUUCUGUAUUAUGCAGGACUCAGAAGAGGAUUGGAAUGCUGAGGCUUCAGCUAUGCAUCUUGUGUAUUCGAAUUCGAUAUGUACUGUUGCCGCUUCUAAUUGUGCAAGUCCUGAUGAAAGCCUUUUCCAAAAUAGAAACAUGGGAAUGAUUUUGCCUGGCUUGGUGGAGAGUUCUUUAUUCUCCGCCGAGUCUCGUACUUGUUGUCUUAUUGAUCGCGAAUAUUGGAACCGACAGUUCUACAAAGCCCCGUUGCAAAACAGAGGCUGGGCAUUGCAAGAGCGCUAUUUAGCAUCGCGAGUACUUUAUUUUAGCACCAACCAGCUGCUUUGGGAUUGCCGCAGCUGUCAUCGGUGCGAGGUCUUUCCCAAAGGCAUUCCCACACAUGUUUCUGAGAGGUCAAUGGAUAAAGUAUCACAAGUUAAAGCCUCUGGCAACAAAACCGUAUCUCUGGAUCGGCUCGAAAUAUGGAACUAUAUGAUUGGGAAGUAUUCUAACUACGACUUGACAUAUCCUUCCGACAAAUUGCUAGCCAUAGCAGGUAUUGCCAAGCGGUUUCGAGGCAACACCAACGAUAGGUAUUUAGCUGGCAUCUGGAGCUCAGAUCAAGACUCUUCAUUGGACUGGGAUGUUUUCUCCCCUCGACCACGGCCAUCGUACAGGGCACCGUCAUGGUCUUGGGCAUCUGUAGAUGGAGAAGUACGGUUGAAAGGGUCUCUGAGCGCCGGGGGUGAGGCUCUUGCACAGCUUGUAGACAUUGACGUUACGACCAAGUUCCCAGAUGAGAUGUCCGCUGUUCUUGAUGGUUUUGUUUUAUUGAAAUGCCGAGCCAUACCGGCGACCAUUCAGAAAUAUCCAGAAUCUGCAAUUGAUGUCAGUUUCUGUACAGAAGCUGGAAAAUUCAAUGUACGAAUCUUGUUUGAUACCUUGGAUGAUCGGGCCAUAACAUACCAUCGCGUGGUAUACGUGCCAUUUUCGAUUCGAUAUGGCUAUGAUAAGGAAGGCGUGGUGUGCCCUCACUUAGUAUGUCUCUUGUUGGUCGAAAUGAACCAAGAACCAGUUGACGAAGUCAAGUAUCGGCGUAUUGGCUUGUUCACAGUCGAUAAGGAGAGUGAAAUUAACUCCUUCAACGCCAAUGUCGAAUCACAAAUGAUCAAAAUCGUGUGA